AACAAUCCGUUGCAAGGUCUUAUAGCUGUGAUCGAGUCCUUUUUCAGCUUCUAAUUAUCGCGACCGCUGCAGCUGUCGUUGUUGUAGUUUAUUUCUUCCUCGGUCGAACCACAUGUCUUCGUUUUCUAGCCCACUCCUCGUGCGCGCUGCCACAGCAGCGGCGGCUAACAAGGCUUCCACGCCGUUGCUGCAACAGCUGGGCAAGUCGUUGGAGGCUGAGGGCCCUGCACUCGCAAACAGGAUAAAGGGAGUGGUUGUGUUUAAAAUCGACGACGAGGAGUGGACUCUCGACCUGACGGAGGGCACCCAAGGCCAGCUCUACCCCGGACCCCCCAAGAGCGGUGACAAGCCCGACCUCACCCUCACCAUCUCCGAUGCGCACUUUGCGCAGCUCGUCAUGGGAAAGCUCAACCCUCAAAACGCCUUCCUGAUGCGCAAGCUCAAGAUCAACGGCUCCAUGGGAAUGGCCAUGAAGCUGCAACCCAUCCUGGACGCAGCGCAGCCGCAGUCCAAGCUGUAAACAUCAGGAGAGGACAGGAGAGGGAGGCGGGUCAGGAGGCUCGAGCAGAGGGUUUUGAGGCUGGGUCGUGAGCUGGGCAUGCUUUUGUGAUGAGUCUGGGUCAGGAGGCUCGAGCUGGGUGUGCUUUUGUUGGUUUCGGGGUGGUGGGUUUUGCAGAGGAUGGCGGGAUGGGGUGGGGGCGUCGAAUGGGUGUGCGGCCUUGAUGCCUUGAUGUCAGGUGGGUUCCAUGCAGAGCGGAGCAGAGGAGCUUAUGCCUCGUUUGAGUGCAGUAUCAUCUUGCCGCUUCGAAUCAUGUCAGGAUUGGGGUCUCGGACGUGCGGUUUGCUUUUUGCUUGGUUUGCCCUUUCUUGGUAACUUUUGGAAUCGUUUGUGAGAGAGGUGCAGGUGUGGAGGUGCUGCUGGCUUUUCGCAAUACGAAAACGAAGAGAGCAAUGCGCUUGUUCCCGAAAGCUUCCCGAAGUCGAGCCAUGUCGGCGGCAACCGGGGCACCAUCAACAGCUUUUAAGGAGUAGU